UACAAAAAUGAGUGAUUCAGAGCAUAACCAAAUUGAGAUUUCCGAGGAUGGAUCAGAAGAGGUCAAGGAAGUCAACCUUGAAGAAGUCAAACGAAAAGAAAAGACCAAAAAGAUUAAGGCUAAGAAAGGCAAGAAAACUAAGACUGCUAGCCGGAGAAGUUCCAAAUCUAGAUCUCGAAGGUCCAGUACUAGGAAAUCUAGAGAACCUUCAGUGAGAAAAUCUAAAAAGUCUGAGAUUCAGCCAGACUCACAAGACCCAGACUUCUCUGUAAAUAUUGAUGAAGAUGAAGAUGAACAGAGUUUAGAGCUUGAUGGGGAAGCCUUCGAUGAUCUUGAAGAGGAAUUUGAAGGAGAGAAAAAGACUAAGAAAGCCACUAAAAAGAGCAAGAAAGCCACUAAAGUGCCAAAAUCCAAGGAAGCAGAUAAGAAAAAGUCUAAAUUAGACCAACCUAAGAAAAAGAAGAGAGAAAAGAAAAUGAUGAAUGAUGUUGAGGCAAAGGAGGCUAUCUCCAAGUAUAUGGAAGCCCAGAAUCGGCCAUACAGUAUUCAGAAUAUUAUUGAUAACCUCAGAGGAGAGAUUAGAAAGGCCCAGACACAGAAAAUACUCGAUGCCCUAACAGAGGAGAAUAUCCUUACUUGUAAAGAAUACGGGAAGGCCAAGAUAUACUUGAUCAAUCAGGAUAUCUUCCCUGAGACAACAAAUGAAGACCUUGAGAAACUUGAUAAAGAGAUCGAUACUAAAAAGAAAGAAUUCGAAGAACUUGAUGCCAAACUAAAAUCUUUGAAUAGUGACUUAAGGAAGAUCAAAAUAGAGCCAACCAAUGCAGAGCUAGAUGCUGAGCUAGAAGCCCUCACUUCAGAGAAUCUAAGGCUGGAGGGAAGACUUGAAGAGUACGGAGACGUACAAGAAGAUAGAUCUAUAUCAAUUGACGAUAUUGAAAAACAAGAGAAGCUGUUUAGCAAAGAAUGGAGGGUGAGGAAGAAAGGCUUCAUGGAAAUCAUUGACACCAUCUCAGAAGCUCUUGAGAAGAAACCUAAAGAACUUAUGGAAGAGAUCGGUAUUGAGACUGACGAAGAUUACAAUGUAGUAUGACCUAAGAAAUAAAUUCA